AAAAAAAAUUGCUGCCAAAGAGAAUAUAAACACUACUUUUGUUGGUGCUGAAUACUUUUGUGUAGUAUGGACGUGUUUAGCAAAGAUACAUGAAAUUAUAAGGCGUUAUUAAAACACUAUUGAUAUGUGAUUAUAUCGCAAAAAGUUUAAUGAAAAACACCAUAAGAUUAAUAAAAACCUAGUGUAUGAAGUGGACUACCCUUGAUUAAGUUUAUGUGUUCACGAUUAGGAGUGUCCUACAUUUCAACACUUUUUACUCCAAUGGAAGAAAGUUGUAUAUUAGGAGCAUUUCUAUUUAAGGGUGUAGUGACUUAAUAAAAUACACGCUUGGGAUGGAAAUUUCAUCAAAUAAUUGAAGAACUCUUGUUAUGUAUACUCUAAUAGACAUAGCUUUGAGUGUCGGGGUGCUUGUCACCCUCGUCACCGUACUUUCAAUAUGUGUAUGCGGCUGCAAGAACUCUAAUCAGAAAAGUGAGUUGGUUGGAACGGCCGGUGUGGUCAAAAUACGUUUUGACGAGGAGGUACCAUCUCCGACGCCCACCACCCCUGCCUCAAUCAAGCGAACCUCUACGCAAAACAGUCAGCGAAGUUUGCCAGAGAUCCCACACCCCGUCGGCCGACACGACAGUGGCGACACAGCAUCCGAGAUAUAUGCCACAGUGAAUUUGGUUGAUGGUAACAAGACGGUAGCAACUGCGUCCACGAGUCGAGACCAUCCCUACGAGCACGCUUACGCCAAACUUCAAAAUGAAUCCCACAAUAUAAGUGUAGAAAUAACUCCUGAUCAGAGGUCCGACAACGAGAUACAAAUAGAUGAACGGGAAACCGCACAAAAUGUAGCAGAAUCAGUGGUAAUAUCGGCGUCGGUAGCAAUAAGUGGACAAUUACCUUCGAGCCAAGAGCUGCCGUACAUUACACCACCCUCGCCGCGGCCUAACACCGACGCAACGACGCAUUUCAGUGGCGACUCUACAGAUUCUGCAAAGGGAUACACCAGUAUAUCCGUACGUGAGCCUUUAAGUAACAUCAGAGCACAAAGUACUAAACCUCCGACACAGCCACACUAUGCCACUGUCUCCGAUGAUUCCGAUGAGAUGUACGCGGCGAUCGAGGAAGCCAGCGUGGGCGAGGGUUCGGACACGUACGCCCAGAUCGCGCCAGAGCCGCGGCGCAGGGACCCCACGCCAGACCUACUGCAUACGGACCCCACGCAUUUGGCCAGGAGAAGCGCACCACCUGAAAUUGGUGCUCCAUCAUCUAACGCAACACACUCUAGACAAGCGUCGUCGUCAUCGUGUUCGAACUCGACGGGUGCCCUAGGUUCACCCAAGCCUGAGAAGCGUCAGGCCAACUCGCCGCUGCCGCCGCCGCCACACGCGCCACACGCGCCGCACGCACCCCACGCGUCGCACGCCACUCAUACCUCGCACGCGCACGCGCCGCACACGCACCCGCCCUCGCGCGUCGAGCAGGCGCUGGCGCAGAAACACCAGCGAAUGUCCAGCACCGGUGAUCUGCAUUUUAAUCACGAUAAACUUCGCCGUAGUCUCAACGAAAAACAUCAACGUAACAAUAGUUGCGUCAGUUCAUCCGACUUCUAUGGUUGCAACUACCCUGUCGAAAAACACAGGUUUAGUUCCGGAGAUCUUAUACGGCCGCUAGUCGCAAGGGAGCUCAAUUUCGACAUCGAUCAACGGGAAAACAAUGCUGACAACCUCUACAACUCUAUCGAUGGACCCGGAUACAGCGACUACUCCUCGGCCGAAGCCAACACAAGUUUGAAUUCCGAAAACCAUGCUACAGAAAGUCCCUCACGCAAUGUAGAAGAAAUGUAUGCAAAAGUAAUGAAAAAAGCUAAAACCAGGACGGAUGAAAUUGUACGACGAUCUAAAGAAUUUCCCAACAACGACGGCGAAGCACAUGCGUCGAAAUUCCGCGGAGACGACCCUGGGUACGAAACUAUUGACCGAAAGAAGUCUCUGAACCAUGGAUAUGAAACGAUCGCUCAUAAGGAAAGGAAAAGUUCGCAAAACCAAGACCCCGGUUACGAGACUGUUAAAGAUAUCAAUAAGGCAGGACAAAAUGCUCAUUUUGGCAAUAACAAUCUGAAAUUAAACACUCUGUUAUCGGACAGCGGACCUAACAGCAUCGUAAGCAGCGAUCCAGGCUACGAACACAUUUCAAAGACUGAUAAUAACGCAUCUGACUCCGAUCCAAAUUAUGAGGUGUUAAGAAACCAACCCCCAACCCCACCGUACGCGACUAUCGCGCCAAACUACAAAGUACAACCCACAUACUCAACUGUCAACAAGACGCCGGCUAAAUAUAACAACUGGCCUACAACCAGUAACGAUGAACCGACUACUGAACCCAAUUAUGAAUCAAUGCCACAUGAACCAAUGUACAACACUGGAAGCGAGUCAGACCCUAACUAUGAAUCCGUUCGUCCCAAAGAUCCUAAUUAUGAGAGAAUAAAUUCGCAAGAUCCCAACUACGAAUCACUGAGGUGUAAAGAUCCGAAAUACGAAUCGGUACGUUCAAAGGAUUCAAAAUAUGAUUCGGUUAGAUCAAGAAAAGAACCCAACUAUGAAAGUGUCAAGUAUUUUGAGCUUGCUAGAAAAGACCCGCCUUAUGAAAAGGUGAACAAUGACGAAGCAACUGACUCAAAGAAUAUCGAGAGAUCAGACUCGUCGGCAGGAUAUGAAAAAAUAAACGUUCCGAACAACAGGGACCCGAAAACCAGUAUUAGUAGCAAUCCCGAAGGCACUGUAAGCGAUUACUUUCAAGUGUAAACAUUCUUUAAAAGAUAUCAAGUCUUUUAAGAAAAAGAAAGAUCAGGGGGGUUUGAGGUUUUGAUAUGAGUAGGACAUGCUGACAGUAUUCUCCGUACAUGAAAUUGUGUGCUUUUAAUUUAUUUGUAGUAUAGUUAUAUUUUAGAGAAUUUGUAGGUGUGUAAUACCUCAUUGAGAGAUGUAAUCAAUUAUAUCUCACUUAGGUAUCUGUGAUAUACAAAUAUUACGAAAUAUUUUACGUUUAUUCCAAUAAGAUUUUAUAUUAAUACAAUGUCUGUGUGUGUUGUGCAUUUUUGUUCAAUGAAAUCUCCAAUUUAUGGUGUGUUCAAACGUGUAAUAUUUUUUUACACUUGCCGAUUUUGUAGACUUGUGUAAUAUUGUACACAAUUUACAGGUAUGACCUAGAUUGUAUAUAGAUUUAGGCAAUUUUAAAUAUUAUCUUUAUUCAGUAAUGGAAAUGGUGGUGAGUCAUUUUUAUAUGUGUAUUUUUUGUAUAUUCCUAUCUAAAAUUUUAAAAGCAAGUCUACAUUUCAUGUAAAGACUGUUAAUUACAUUUUUUUAAUCUUUAUUACUGUUGUUGAGUUUGUUAUUUAUUUUGAACUUAUUUAAAAUAUGAAGUUCACAAUAUGGUAUUUAAAAGUGAUGUGUGAGACUUUUACAUGUUAUGUCCACAGAAAAAAAAAUAGAAUUUCUCUGAUAUUUUUUGAUCAAUUUGUUGUAAUGCAUAUUAUUAAAUGUUUUGCGAUUGUUAUACUUAAAUGUUGUCUUAAAUAACAUGUAGAAAAAUAAGUUAUUGCUAUUUUAUUUUUGUUCAAACUCAUAUAAAUGAGGUUUAUAUAAAAUGGUAAAACUAAUUAUGUAAUAUGUAUAUUAAUACUACUAUUACCUAACAUAAUAUGAAGUGAUACUGUAUAACGCCAUUAUUUGAUUCAUGUUACUUAACACUCUACUAUGUACAUAUUUUAAUGGGGCACAGUUCUGAAAGUAAAACUGUAUCAGUACCUAUAUUACAAAUAGUCAAAGCAAAAGUAAAAUAUCAACUUGUAAUUUUAGAAUUGGGCCCAGUGUCUAACUUAUAAACUAUUUAUUACUCUGUAUUUAUAAUAAUAUCGUAACAUAUUAAACCUGGAGACAUUCCACAAUACAUAGAACCAGUCAACAAAACAAUACUUAAUAAAAUACCUACGCCAUACGAA